UUUACGCAUUAAAAUAGUGACUUUUUUAAAUGAAUAAAGAGAAUAUUAAAGUUUUACGAAAACUUUUGAAGUAAAAUUGUGUGUAUUUUUUUGGGAAUCGGGUUAAAAGUGAUUAGAUUUUUUGAAAAUGUUGUGUUUUUAAUGAAUGAGUACGGUAAUUACUUUUUUGAUUUUGGCCAGUGAAAAUUCAAGUUGAAGCAACGAAUAAUUUUAAAUUUGUAGACGUUAAAAAAAUAACGUAACUAUGCUCUAAAUAAGACUGUAUCCUUGUGAUUUGAAAGUGACUGAAAAAGUGUGUGAUAAUGGACUCAAAAGUCGAAAUGGGUGAAACCCAAACACAGAAAAAAGUCCCCAAACCAUUUUCCAUAGAAUCCUUGAUUGGGGACAGGAAAUCACCAGAAAUAGACAUAGAAAACAAUAUUUCGGAAAGUUCUAGAAACUCGGAAGAUGAUGAAAGUGAAAGAUUAGAGGGAUUUCAUCAGAUGCGUUAUUACGCGCCAUUUUUGCAACAAAAUGGUUUCCCGUUCUUACUUGGGUACCCUGAGCCGUGGUUGUCAAGGGUCUUGGGUGCUGUACCGACGCCGGUGAGAGAAAAUAGAGAAGAAGAGAAGAGAGAGAGUCCUGUUAGUGUUGGCAGUGAGGCCGAGAGUGAUGGUGGGGAAGAGACUAAUCCAGGUAACGACUCAGAGCCAGAUCAAGAGGACUCGAGCACGGACGCGGCCCGAGAGAGCAAGGCGCGCCGACGCCGCACCGCCUUCACCUCGGAACAACUCCUCGAGCUGGAGAGAGAGUUCCACGCCAAGAAGUACCUGAGCCUCACCGAGAGGUCGCAGAUAGCUUCUGCCUUGAAGCUUAGUGAGGUGCAGGUAAAAAUAUGGUUCCAAAAUCGUCGAGCGAAAUGGAAACGCGUAAAAGCCGGCCUUGCAUCCGGCAGCCACUCCAGCAAAAACGGAUCCGGCACCAAAAUUGUCGUUCCGAUACCUGUCCACGUCAAUCGAUUCGCCAUCAGAACACAACACCAUCAAAUGGAGAAACAGAACUUGCAAUAUCGAUUAGAAAGACAGCAGCCGUUACCAGGAAGCUUGCUACAAUCCCAAACUUCGGCGUUCUUAAGUGCAACUAAAAUCGAUUCAAAUAAUCGACUCGAUAGGGAACCGAUUGUGAAUGGUCGCAGCCCUAUGUUUGACGUUUCAAUGACAGGCCGAAUGGCGGCAAUGAGUCCGAAUAUGAGACAUUUUCAAAAUGGCCGGCCGAGCUAAUUUUUGGUUGGUUAUUUUAUUUAUGGACCAUGGUUUCUUGGAGUGAGACUUAUGAGGUGUAUUGAUGGCCCAAUUUUCUAUCAGAAUGUUGUCCAUUUUGGUUACUCUCAAGAAAUAUGAAUAAUUAUAAAAAUGGGAUACCAAGUUGGGUCAUGAAUAGGAAUACCUACUUAGGAACUGUAAUGUGAUCAAAAGAAAUCUCUUUGAUUUAUAGUAUGAUUUCAGUGGUACUUACAUUUAUCGAUACAAAAAGAACUGUUCCUAAGGUAAGAACCGAAAUACUGAAAAGAUACUUAUGGCCUUACUACAAAAACUUUAACAACUGUU